UCCUCCAUGUGUAUGCCGAAAAAGAAAGAUGGCGGCGGAGAUUUUGUACACAAUCCACGUUUAUGUCUUAUUGUUGCUUUUAACGGUUCGGUUUUCUUCUAGUUUUAUCCGCAAUGGUGAUAACUACCGUCGGAAUGUAUCCCUGGAGCUGAACCCUGGUCUGAACUCCUUGCUGACACCGCUGCCCCCUGGUGUUGGCUUGGUCCAUGUGCGGGCGGUCGGCAAAAACAACACACUGCAUUACCUCCUCUGCAGCCAGGGGGCGCCCGCGUUACUACUGGUGCACACAAGCUCCAUUUCAUCCAUGGUGGAGGUAGACUGGCCUGCCUUCCUCAUGCAAAAUACCACAGGCAGCCUGAAAGUGACUCCAGAGAGCAGUGUUCUGUACAGCAACGCACUUGUCUUUACCAGGCUGUGGGAGUAUGACGAUGUCAACGACACAGCUGACCCUGAGCACCUACCCCCCUCCAGCUUUUUCCAGCCCUACGAGCUGCAGAAUUUCACCUGGGGUGACCUGAACAAGACAUUGGACCCCACAGGCCACACCGCCCUGCUUUGUGGAAGAGACGCCAGCGAGAGCUUCAGCAAUGGCUCGCUCUGUCUGAAGUUCUCAGCCUUUGAUGUUGAGGGGCGUGACCAAGGCUGGCCCAGUCUCCUCCACAACGCUAACUCCUCCCAGCUGAGGGUGGGGCUGGACGGCUUGGCCCCGAGGUCCAAUCGCUCCCGCUUUUCCCUAGAGCUACAGGCCGUGGGAAACACCCAGCCCAUGAGCAGAGUGGACAUGCUCCGGUCAAUAGAUGACGAAUACACACCCUCCAUAUUCAAGGUAUCUCAGUGGGUGUCCUCUCCAGUCAACUCCACCUCCCCUGUUCUUGGCUACGCCCAAUGGAAGCCCGUGGCCUACCGCAGGCCGUCGCCUGUCUUUGAGGAUGCCACUCCCUGCCGGCACUCAACACCUGUCCCUGUAGCCCAGCUUCCCCCCUCCGGCCUGGUGCGGGCUUAUUUUGGAAGGGAGCACCAGACCACCGGGCUCAACAUGACCUUCAGUAUCACUGGAGACCCAUUCUACAACACCACCAACUACCUUAGCUGGACUGUGUUGGUGGGACUGGGCUCUCCUCCUGUGGACUUGUUUUCUCCUCUGGUUCUGGUCAUCAUGGUGGUGGGGCUGGGCACUCCAAUGCUGAUCAUCCUGCUGGGCGGGGUGUGUGUGUGUGUCCGCAAGAACAGGCCCCAAACGCACGUUUACGAGCCAAUCCAGGAUAUGUGUCCCACCACAUUUUCUAGCCAAUGAAGAGAGACACCUCUGGGCACAGUUUUUCAAAAGUGAUCUAUCUGGAUUUACCCUAUCGGAUACGAUUAAAUGCAUAGAGAAAGUG